ACAGGUGCGCGCUGAGAAGUGGUUCUACGUUGACCGCAUCGGCGUCUAAACGAAAGGGGGACAAUUCCUGGGGACGGUUCGCGUUCGCCGGUUUACUGCGGCGUUGAGGACAAAUCAUAUCAGUGAGUCCAAACAGGUACCACGAGAGGUAUAGCUGGACGGUCAGUAUCACGCCGGAUUGUGGACUACUCUGUGCUGAGAUGGACUGUGACUUAAGUGUCAUUUUGAGACGUUGACCAUUUGCAGGAGCAAUUUACCCAGUUCAAUUCUGCCGCUAACUGUACUGCACUGUAGCCUAUAUUGGGUCAUGUUGUCUGCGUUCAACACGUUGCCUGAGAGCGAGGCUGGAUCAGGUCACUGGUUCACUCCAUCCAUAAUUUAGGAUGACGCCUCUCAGUCAAACCUGCUCGGUUUCUCACGUCGUCUCAAGAGUUCGAACAGUUUGUCAGCAGACUCCUGAGCGCUCACUGUGACCCUCCCUGUUUGGCUGCCCGGCCGACAUCCCGGGGAGGUGAUGCGACGGUUCGUGUACUGCAAGGUGGUGUUGACCACCUCUCUGGUGUGGGUGCUGGUGGAUGUGUUCUUGCUGCUCUACUUCAGCGAGUGUAAUAAAUGCGAUGAUAGGAAAGACCGCUCGCUGCUUCCUGCCCUCCGAGCAGUGAUAUCUCGGAGCCAUGAGGGGCCAGGGGAGAUGGGCAAGGCGGUGAACAUCCCCAAGGACGAGCAGGAGAAGAUGAAGGAGCUCUUUAAGAUUAACCAGUUCAAUCUGAUGGCUAGUGACAUGAUUGCACUCAACAGGAGUCUGCCGGACGUGAGGUUGGAUGGCUGUAAGACCAAGGUGUACCCAGACGACCUGCCCAACACCAGCAUCGUCAUCGUGUUUCACAACGAGGCGUGGAGCACCCUGCUGCGGACUGUUCACAGUGUCAUCAACCGCUCUCCCAGACAUUUGCUUGUGGAGAUCGUGCUAGUCGACGAUGCCAGCGAGCGAGACUUCCUGAAGAAGAAGCUGGAGAACUACGUGCGGACCCUGGAGGUGCCAGUGAGGAUCCUGAGGAUGGAGCAGCGCUCGGGUCUAAUCAGAGCCAGGUUGAGGGGCGCGGCUGCCACCAAAGGUCAGGUCAUCACCUUCCUGGACGCUCACUGUGAGUGUACCAUCGGCUGGCUGGAGCCCCUGCUGGCCCGCAUCAAAGAGGACAGGACAGCGGUGGUGUGCCCCAUCAUCGAUGUCAUCAGCGACGAGACGUUCGAGUACAUGGCAGGCUCAGAUAUGACUUAUGGCGGAUUCAACUGGAAGCUGAAUUUCCGCUGGUACCCUGUUCCCCAGCGGGAGAUGGAUCGACGCAAAGGGGACAGAACACUUCCUGUCAGGACCCCCACCAUGGCAGGAGGAUUGUUCUCUAUAGACAAAACAUACUUUGAAGAAAUAGGAAGCUAUGAUCCGGGGAUGGAUAUCUGGGGAGGAGAGAACCUGGAAAUGUCUUUCAGAAUCUGGCAGUGCGGUGGCUCUUUGGAAAUCGUGACAUGUUCCCAUGUGGGCCAUGUUUUCCGGAAGGCCACCCCAUACAGCUUCCCCGGAGGAACGGGCCAAGUCAUCAACAAGAACAACAGGCGCCUGGCCGAAGUGUGGAUGGACGAUUUCAAAGACUUCUUCUAUAUCAUAUCACCAGGUGUGAUGCGGGUGGACUACGGAGACGUUUCUUCCCGUAAAGCCCUCCGCGAGGCCUUGAAGUGCAAACCGUUCUCCUGGUAUCUAGAAAACAUCUACCCAGACUCCCAGAUCCCAAGAAGAUACUACUCACUUGGUGAAAUCAGAAAUGUUGAAACCAACCAGUGUGUGGACAACAUGGGGAGAAAGGAGAACGAGAAAGUUGGCUUUUUCAACUGUCAUGGCAUGGGCGGAAACCAGGUGUUCUCAUACACGGCGGAUAAAGAAAUAAGGACAGAUGACCUCUGUCUGGAUGUCUCCCGCCUCAACGGACCUGUCGUCAUGCUCAAGUGUCACCACAUGAAGGGCAAUCAGAUGUUUGAGUACGAUGCCGAGCGACUCACCCUGCUGCAUGCAAACAGCAACCAGUGUCUGGACAUGCCGUCUGAGGAGGACAAGAUGGUCCCCACCUUGAGAGACUGCAACGGCAGCCGCUCUCAGCAGUGGCUGCUGCGUAACAUGACCCUGAGCGUCUGAUCCCUCACCUCACCUCUCCCCCCUCCACCACUCUGUCCUCAUCCUAACCAGUCCUGGCUCUCCACACCCUCACCAGGUGGCUCUUACCUCGCACAUCAUAUGCCUCCCCCUGUAACAGCCUGGCCGGCAAUUACAAAAUAUCCAGGCAGCAGUGGCUCCAUUAUGGAGGCAUCUCCUCUUACUUGCUCGCCACGGGUGUGAGAGAAGCUGCACCUGCAAUUCAGGCGACAUGACGAGCCGUAGCUUUGGGAACCUCGUCGAGUCCAAGCAGGGAGAACGAUGUGUCAGGUCUGUGCAUGGAGAACAUAUCAAAGCGCUCACACUGUGUCGGACAGCCUCUAGCCGUGCAUCCACUGUGGCUGCUCAGACUGCUGCUUAGCUGCUGGACAAACAAUUAAACAGGAGCAUCAAUAACAAGAAUAUUGCAAAGCACGUCUGUGCACUGGUGUGCACUGUAAAUUACCUUCCUUGUGCAGUGUACAUGCAGCGCAUUUGUGUCUACUGUAGGUACAAUCAUAAAACAAGACUGUUGUCAUGACUGCUGCUCAUCCUCUUUCCAUAUCAGUGUCUGAGUUAGAUUGAAAUAAUGGGAAAGUGAUGUUAAUAGAGUCUGACCAAUUCUGGAUUUGUCAGGCCAUUACCAAUGUUGAUUUUAUUUUAUUUUAUUUUUUCUGUUAGGCUAAAAAAACCUAGACAACCAGAUCUCAGCUGAUAUUUGUUUUUAAAGUUGAACUGAAAUUUGUAUUGUCAUCACAUUUGGUGUAAGGGAACUUUAAAUUAUAAUGUUACUGAAGCUACUGUGCAUUUAUUUUUUCCCUUUUUUUUAAAAGAGGAUUAACUAAAAAUCUGCUGUGUGGCCGUUUCCCCUGGCAACGGUUGACUGACUGCAUUGCUAGGAGACACACUGUCAACCUCUGUGGUGUGUUACUGAGUGGAUAACGUCAUAGCCCUGUAUAGCCUACUACCAUUUACCGUAGCAUUAACUAGCAACUGUUAGCAAUUUAAGGCGUCUGUCUCUUUUACACCUUUCAACAUUUGGGAGGACCCACUGUGGAAUGUGGAAUAUGAAGUUUGUAUUCCACUUAGAAAAUGAAAGUUAAGCAAGCUAGGCUAACAGGCUUCCACACAGAAAGCUAGUUAGACUAGCUUGCUAAUGUUUUCACUGAUUCCUGCUAGAUACAUUCAUGUUAUCUCUUCUUAGCAAAAAUCAAUUAUUAUUUCAGAAACAUGAACAAACAACAUUUUUGUAUGGAUCCUUUAAAAUUUAAAGGAAACUUUAAAAUUGUGAACAAAAUAUGAACUAAAUUGUUUUGCAGUUUCCAGUAGAAAAGCUAAGUACUUCUAAAUCACUGCAAAUGUAUCUUGACAUUUCUGACCUGCAAUUUCUUGUUUGAUAUUGGCCGGUUUAUUGGUCAGGCUCUAGUUGUUAAUUUCUUGAGAUGUUGGGAUAAAAAUAAUUAUGAAGAUUUCAAACCAUCAUCUACAGAAAAUGAAUACGAGACAGGAGUGCAGCUAUAACAACCUCCCCCUAGAAAAAAUACUGGAGUAGUUACAUAAUGUUUCAUAAUAGUGAAACGGGAAUAACAGUAUGGUACAGAUGAAAAUUUGAGGCAGCUCUCUGGAUCGACAGAUUACAUACUGUACUGUAUGUUUAUUUAUAACCGGCUGUUUGAAGAAAUAAGUGGCUAGGGGGAAGGAAGUAGCAAGUAAUCAAGACCGCUCUGAGUAGAUGUGAUUGAUUUUGAAUGAAUGUAAGAAUUUUCCCUAAAUGACAACGUCUGUAUACCGAAGUACUCUAACUGCACUGUGUUAUCACAGCUGUCUCAGAGCGUCAUUACUAAAAACACACACCACCUUUAUCAGUUCCUACAAGAUUUCCAACUCUUGUACUAAGACCCUCUUCUUUUUAAUAUCAUGAGAAAUCAUGAUGUCUUGGAGCUGAAUAGUUCCGUGUGCCUUUAGAAAGUUGUGUUUUUUUUUUUUUGGUUUAUUGGUUUUUAGAUUAUUUAAUUAUUUUGUUGUUGAGAGAAGAAGAAUGUUAAGUCUGUUUUCAUUUGAGAUAAGGUACUACAGCAUACUGAUGUUAAUAAUUGUUACAUCUCAUGAGUUUAUCACUGUCAUAUUUAUGCUUGAUCAAAUGUUUAGUUAUCCAUUAAUAGUUAAGCAGGUCAAUAUUCAGAAUCAAUAUUCACCCAUCACCCAAGCAAAUGUGACAGGUACUUUUCACUAUAUUGUUGUCUGGGAUCAGGCAACAAAUGUUAUUGUACAUAAUGACGUUAACAUGUUUCUAUCACCAUUGUUGUUGUUGUUGUACAUACAGAACCAAUUAUUUUUCUAAGAUGCUGUAAAACUUGAACUCUCCUCAGAGAAAAAGACAUUGAAUGGUAAAAAGAUCACGAGGUAUUGCAGUGUGUUAUUUAGAAUCGAGGUAAUAAAAACCAGUGCUUACCUUGGGUUUUGAAAUUGCGGUGUGUUUUGGAAAUCAUCAUCGGUCCCAUGAAACCAAUUCUCACACUACCUAAAGGACCUUAGGCGAGUAUACACAAGGGAGCAACUAAUGGUGAAAUACUAUCAAUGCUGCUUGAAUACUGAAUCCUUGCCAAGUGCCUGCUUGGCAUUCAGACUAAAAUUCAAUCACCUCUUUCGUAUUACGCGCACACAUUUAUUGUUUUUCAUUAUCUUAAAGUGCAUGGUGUUAAAAUAGGAAUGUAAUGUUUCAAUGUACUAGUUGCAAA